GAGUCGCUGAGGGCUGAGUAAUACCCUUGAGAAAGAAAAAGUGCGGGCUCCUUGGGUAAAAAUCUGAUAGAACGUCGCUGUGGAGAAAGCGGUGACUGGACACUGGCAGAAUUCUCAACACCUCACCCGGAUGCGGCUACAUCCGCUUCAGUUUUCAUUUCUGCUUUGGAAGGUCUGGAGAGCUUGGGCAGAGUCCACCGGGAUACAGACAGAAGAUAUACAGCAUUCUUGUAACUAGCUCAUGACGAGGGCAUUCUCUGUUAAUGCUGAGCCCUAUCUGCUUCUCCAGUCCUUACGGAUUGCCCCUGGGUGAGGGUUCAUGUUAAGAAAAGUACCAUGGAGUUUUAUGAGUCAACGUAUUUUGUUGUCCUUAUCCCUUCAGUAGUUAUUACCGUGAUUUUCCUUUUCUUUUGGCUUUUCAUGAAAGAAACAUUAUAUGAUGAAGUUCUUGCAAAACAAAAGAGAGAACAAAAGUUGAUUUCUACAAAAACAGAUAAAAAGAAGGCAGAAAAGAAAAAGAACAAAAAGAAAGAAAUCCAGAAUGGGACCCUUCAUGAAUCUGAUUCUGACAGUGCACUUCGGGACUUUAAACUGUCUGAUGCUUCAUGUGUGGAGGGUGAGCAGUUUGUACCUGCCGCAUUGAAUGUGGUGGGAACUUCCAGCAGUGUUAGGGAAAGAAAGAAGAAGGAAAAGAAACAAAAACCUUCACUUGAAGAGCCCAUCAUCAAAGAAAGUGAUGCCUCAAAGACUGCAGGCAAAAAAGUAGAACCCGUCCUACUUACAAAGCAGCCAGCCCCACCUGCCGAAGCAGCUGCCUUGAAGAAGAAAGCAGGGCAGAAGAAGUCUAAAAAUGGAAGCGAUGACCAAGAUAAAAAGGUAGAUAUGCUGAUGGCACCUUCAAAAAAGCAGGAAGUAUUGCUCUUCCAUCAAGAUAAUAAACAAGAAGGUGGACCAGGAAAGAAGAAAGGCUUGUCAAAGAAGCAAAAGACGGAAAAUGUUGUGGUGGAUGAGUCCCUUGUUCCUGCAACUACUUACAUUCCUUUGAUGGAUAAUGCUAACUCAAAUCUUGUGAUGGAGAAGAGAGAAAUUAUUGAUAUCAUUAAACCUGACCAUGUAGAAGGGAUCCAGAAAUCUGGAGCUAAGAAGCUGAAGAUUGAAACCGACAAAGAAAACGCUGAAGUGAAAUUUAAAGAUUUCCUUGUGUCCUUGAAGAGUAUGGUGUUUUCUGAAGAUGAGGCUCUUUGUGUUGUAGGCCUGAUGAAGGAGAAGUCUGUGAUAAAAGAUGCUUUAAAGAAGUCAAGUAAAGGAGAAUUGAGUGCUCUUCUGCAUCAGCUUCAGGAGAAGGAAAGGCUGCUCACUGCUGUGAAGGAAGAUGCUGCGGCCACAAAGGAGCGCUGUAAGCAGUUGACUCAGGAAAUGGUGACAGAGAAAGAAAGAAGCAGUGUAGUUAUAGCAAGGAUGAAAGAUCGUAUUGGAGCACUAGAAAAGGAACAUAAUAUAUUUCAAAACAAAAUGCACGUCAGUUACCAAGAAAAUCAACAGAUGCAGAUUAAGUUUCAGCAAGUUCGGGAACAAAUGGAAGCAGAGAUAGCUCAUUUGAAGCAGGAAAACGGUAUACUGAGAGAUGCUGUCAGCAACACUACAAACCAGCUGGAAAGCAAGCAGUCUGCAGAGCUAAAUAAACUGCGCCAGGAUUGUGGGAGGCUGGUGAGUGAGCUGAAUGAGAAGACAGGAAAGCUGCAGCAAGAGGGAGUCCAGAAGAAGAAUGCAGAGCAAGCUGCUACCCAGUUGAAGGUUCAACUACAGGAAGCUGAGAGGAGGUGGGAAGAAGUUCAAAGCUACAUCAGGAAGAGAACAGCAGAGCAUGAGGCUGCACAGCAAGAUUUACAAAGUAAAUUUGUGGCCAAAGAAAAUGAAGUCCAGAGUCUACAUAGUAAGCUCACAGACACCUUGGUAUCAAAACAGCAGUUGGAGCAGAGACUAAUGCAGUUAAUGGAGUCAGAGCAAAAGCGAGUGAGCAAAGAAGAGUCUCUGCAAAUUCAAGUUCAGGAUAUUUUGGAACAAAAUGAGGCUUUGAAAGCUCAGAUUCAACAGUUCCAUUCCCAGAUUGCAGCCCAGACCUCCGCUUCAGUUCUAGCAGAAGAAUUACAUAAAGUGAUUGCAGAAAAGGACAAGCAGCUAAAGCAGACUGAAGAUUCAUUAGCAAGUGAACACGAUCACUUAGCAAGCAAAGAGGAAGAGCUCAAGGAUCUACAGAAUAUGAAUUUCUUAUUAAAAGCUGAAGUGCAGAAAUUGCAGGUCCUGGCUAAUGAGCAGGCUGCUACAGCACAUGAAGUGGAGAAGAUGCAGAAAAGUAUUCAUGUAAAGGAUGAUAAAAUAAGAUUGCUUGAAGAACAGCUGCAGUGUGAACUUGCAAGCAAAAUGGAAGAAUUUAAGAUUCUGAAUGACCAGAAUAAAGCAUUACAGUUGGAGGUUCAGAAGCUGCAGAUCAUUGUUUCUCAACAGCCUAAUAAAGAUGUUGUGGAACAAAUGGAAAAAUGCAUUCAAGAAAAAGAUGAAAAGUUAAAGACUGUAGAAGAAUUACUUGAAACUGGACUUAUUCAGGUGGCCACAAAAGAGGAGGAACUGAAUGCCAUAAGAACAGAAAACUCAACCCUGACUAAAGAAGUUCAAGAGUUAAAGGCCAAGCAGAGUGACCAGGUUUCUUUUGUGUCUCUAAUUGAAGACCUUAAAAGAGUGAUCCAUGAGAAAGAUGGACAGAUCAAGUCUGUGGAAGAGCUUCUAGAAGUUGAACUUCUGAAAGUUGCUAAUAAGGAGAAAACUGUUCAGGCUUUGAAACAGGAAAUAGAGGUUCUAAAAGAAGAAAUAGGAAAUGUCCAGCUUGAAAAGGCUCAGCAGUUAUCUGUCACUUCUCAAGUUCAGGAGCUUCAGAACUUAUUAAGAGGCAAGGAAGAACAGGUGAACACCAUGAAGGCUACUUUAGAAGUCAAAGACCAAGACCUGACAGAUAGAGGGAAACGAAUACAGGAGCUUCAGGAAGAAAAUGAAUCUCUAAAGGCUCAUGUUCAAGAGGUAGCACAGCCUAAUUUGCCAGAGGUGUGUUCGACACCACGAUUUGAAGAACUUGAAAAUAUGUUGAAAGAAAAGGAAAAUGAAAUUAAGAGAAUAGAAGCUAUAUUGAAAGACACAGAGAGUGAUCUUUCUAACAAAUCAAAGCUGUUACAGGAAGUACAAGAUGAAAAUAAAUUAUUUAAAUCCAAAGUUGAACAACUUAGUCAGCAGAAUCACCAACAGGCAUCUUUUCCCUCUCAGGAGGAAUUGCAAAGAGUAAUUUCAGACAAAGAGAAAGAAAUAGCUGAUCUCUGCAAUGAGUUAGCUUCUUUGAAGAAUGCUGUUGAACAUCAGAGGAAGAAAAACAAUGACCUUCGGGAGAAAAACUGGGAAGCAAUGGAAGCAUUGGCAUCAACUGAAAAAAUGCUGCAGGACAAAGUGAACAAGACUUCCAAGGAAAGACAACGCAUGGAAGCUGUUGAAUUAGAGGCCAAAGAACUUCUCAAAAGAUUAUUUCCAAUGGUGUCUGUUCCUUCUAAUUUGACUUACAGUGAAUGGUUACGUGGCUUUGAAAAGAAGGCAAAAGCAUGUGUAGCUGGAACUUCGGACGCAGAGGCAGUCAAGGUUUUGGAGCAUAGGUUAAAAGAAGCUGAUGAAAUGCACACACUGCUACAGCUAGAAUGUGAAAAAUACAAAUCCGUCCUUGCAGAAACAGAAGGGAUUUUACAGAAGUUGCAGCGAAGUGUGGAACAAGAAGAAAGUAAAUGGAAAAUUAAAGCUGAUGAAUCUCGAAGGACUAUUAAGCAGAUGCAGUCCUCCUUCACGUCCUCAGAGCAAGAGAUAGCGCGAUUAAGAAGAGAAAACAAAGAGAUGGAGAAUCUAAGAAGAGAACGAGAACACUUGGAAAUGGAGCUUGAGAAGGCAGAGAUUGAACGGUCGACUUAUGUGACGGAAGUCAGAGAGCUGAAAGAUCUGUUGACUGAAUUGCAGAAAAAACUUGAUGAUUCAUAUUCUGAAGCAGUAAGACAGAAUGAAGAGCUUAAUUUGUUGAAGACACAAUUAAAUGAAACACGCUUAAAACUUCAAAAUGAACAAAGUGAGAGAAAGAAGGUAGCUGAUGAUUUGCAUAAGGCUCAACAGUCGCUGAACUUUAUCCACUCAAAAAUUUCACUAAAAGCUGCUGGAGACACCGCUGUUAUUGAGAACAGUGAUGUUUCCCCAGAAACGGAGUCUCCUGAGAAAGAGACGAUGUCUGUAAGUCUCAAUCAGACUGUGACACAGUUACAGCAGUUGCUUCAGGAAGUAAAUCAACAACUCACAAAGGAGAAGUAAUCCCAGAGUGAAGUAAUUGGGAAGUUAUUCGUUAGAAGCUAACAGAAGGCAUUGUAUUAUAUUUUGCCAAAUUAAAGCCUUAUUUAUGUUUCACCCUUUCUACUUUGUCAGACACUGAACAGUUUUGUCUUUUCUAAUCCUUGUUAGACUACUGAAUUAAAAAAAAAAUUACUUUAAAAAGCCAACUCUGUAGACAUCUUCAGAGUUUAGUUUUGUAAUAAAACUGUUUGAAUAAUUAGACCUUUACAUUCCUAAAGAUAAAUAAACACAAUCUUUUACCUUACUUUGCUAAAUUAAAUUGUUCAGAAGAUCAAAGUGGUGUAGACAAUGUGAAAUUUAACAUUUUAAUACUGAUGUUGUACACUGCUUUAUUUAACAUUUGGGAAGUAACUGCCUCUGACAUCAACUCAAGGAAACACUUUUUUGUUGCUAAUGUAAUCACCAAUAAAGGGACACUUAUUAUUCAAACUGACUCACUCUAAUUCUCAUUGAAUUUUAACAAGUUUCAAUAGUGCUUUAGAUCAGUGUCAUUCAGAAUCCAGUUUCUAAUUGCAGCCACCAAACAAACCAAGUCUUGUUUGCCCCUAUAACUUCCUGGCUAGACUUUUGUGUUUUCUAUGGGACAGGGCUGUGUAAAAUACCACAGCGUGGGUGACAGUGAGGAUGGUGCAGGCAUUCGUGUCCUAUCCACCAUGGAGGAGAGUUUUGCUUUAUUUUUACUAUUACUAUUGUUUCAAAAUAACAACUGUUUAGCUUCCCUAAUGAGACUGUGCUAGUAUAGGUCAUAUGCAUUCUCUUUUCUGUUGGAAGGGGUGUGCGUAUCAGUAUGUGUGUAGAACACUUUUCUUCAGAUGGCAAUAACAAUUGACAAAUAUACCAGUGAAUUUUAAAGUACCUUUUAGUAUUAUUGCUAUUUCCUUUUUUUAGUUUACUUUUUAUCUUGUGUACAUAAGUGAUUGCAUGUAUGUAUAUGCACCAUAUGCUUAUAGUGCCCAUGGAGGCCAGAAGAUGGUAUUGGAUCUCCUAGAACUGGAGUUUACAGACUUGUAAACUACAAGCUGCCACGUGGUUGCUGGGAAUCCGGUCCAGGUCUUUUGGAAGAGUAGUCAGUUAACCACUGUGGUAUCUUUCCAACCUCCAUUGCCAUUUCUUGGACAAAGCAGUCGUGUUUCUACCACAGAGGCUUUUCUUUUUUCUGUGUUCCUUCUGUUGAGAGCUGUUUUAUUUUGAAGCAGGUCUGGUGCUAUACACCUGUCAGACUUGCAGUUGCUAAGUAGAGGGAAGAGGAUUGUGAGUUAGAAGUUAGCAUAGGCCACAAAGCAAGAUUCAAUCCCAAAACACCAAUGACCUCUUUUGUUGUGAAUUGCACCCCUCCCUCCAUGUAGCAACCACACACACUCAGAGGCAAAAGAUGCCUCUGAAGUAGCGGGAUGUUCACAGUACUGCUCAUCCCAAUGUGGGACGUUGAGUAAUUUUUAAUGAAUUCCUGUAUGAAAUCCUUUUAGACGUUUUGUUCCUGGUGCGUCUAUCAGUCUAGUCAGCUUCUCCACUCAGGAAAGGUAACUAUGCUUCCAUUCAGUGAUGGUUCAGUUAAGCAGUUGUAGCUCUGUGCUCACAGUCUGUGUAUGUCCUUAGGUUAAAUAGUCCUAGAGCUGCAGUUGUAUGAAUGGUGAAAGGCCUUACUAGCCAUUUCGAACACUUCUGGCCCCCAUGUUCAUCCGUUCUUUUCUUACAAGAGGUAUAUUUGGGAACAGACUUGUUGAUACUCCAAAAAGCAUGAAGAGGUGGAAGGGAGUGAUGGGAAUGCCCAUGAAGCAGCCCAUUCCUCUUGAUGUGAGAAAGCUCAUCUGUUUCCUGUAGUUCAGUGACACUAUGUUAAAGGCUAGGGGUCAUCUGUCUUGAAUGUUCAACUACAGGUGAGGGCAGUAAUUGUGCUGCCCACAAAUUGAAGCUAUGACCAGUACCGUGAGGACUCUUCUGGAUAGUAUAAGUUAUGGAUGUAAAAUACAGGCCCCCUCCCAUCUGCGUAGAAGACCUGGUGCCCAGUUGGUGGUGCUAGUGAUAGGUGAUUGUGUCAUACAGGUUCUAAGCUCCACCACAUGUCCAAUUGUCAGGCCCCAAGUAAUGAAGGCAGUCAAUAGUGGACUGAAACCGUAGUGCAAAAUAAAUCUCCCUUUAAGUGCAUUUUCUCUGGUCCAGCAAUGGAGGUGACUGCUGUGUGUGGGAGGAGCAGAUCACUGGGAGAAGGCUGUCAGUUGCACCCUCACAUAAGAGACUCCGUUAUCUUGGUCCACAAGUAGAGGAAUGAAAGAAUGGACAGUUCCUGAUUAUCCCACUAGUGUUGAGCUGGGGUGCUGAUUGGGUUAUUAAACUGCAGCUGUGUGGUCUGAUGAGUGUCUGCAUGAGACGUAAGCGACACGUUCCGAGUAAAGUUGACACCAUAAUUGGCAAAGAAGACUAAGUACAGACUGUUGACAGACUGGCAGUAGAGUUUUCUCAUUUUUAUGUUUCCCUAGAAAAAUAUACCAUUUCAUGUUUAUUGGUAGAGUUCCAUUAUAUAGCAGUGUCAGAGAUGUGGAAACUGUAGUCUAGGCUACUCAGGAGAGCCAGUAUUCUAGUCCUGACCCUAAGUUGUCUGGCUUGUGACUGACAAGCCAGCAUACAUACAUCUGUACUAUGUGUAUGUAAUUGUAGCUAGAGAAAAAUAAUAGAUUGUCUAGAAAAAGUAAAUUUUAAAGGAGAGGUAUUUGCUACUACUGUACCUUUCUCGCAUUCUCUUGAUACUUCCUAAGGGACCGUCUACCUCAGUGGUUCUCAGAAGUAUGACAUGUAGACCACUUGGCAUCCUCCUGACCCUUGAUUUCUAGGGGUCUCGAAGUUCAAAACUACUUUUAUAAGAUACCAUCUGCCUUUUUUACUGUGUCGACACCUGUGCUGCUCCGGGAAAAUACUGUCUUCCAGACACAAGACUGAUGCACAUCUGGACUCUCAGAGACUGCAGUGUGCACAAGUUCAAGCCAGAUGGAGCCCCAGCGCUGCUAGUGAACUUGAGCUCCCACCCCUAACCAAGAAGCUACCUGCGCUCGAUCCCCGCUGGCAAAGGAAAAGCUCCAGUGGAGUCUCCCUGGGCAUAUAAAGCACGCUUCUGGGUGCCUCCCUGCCCAGGAGUGGCUGACCAGCAGAAAAUGAACUCUGUGGAAUACAGUGGUAUAGACUUCUGUCUUAUUUCUCUUUGUUUGUUUUGUCUUGCUGAUAUUUUGCUUAUAUGUACGGUUUAUGUUUUUUGUGGGACAUUUUUUUGGUGAGUAUCUUUUUUUUUUUGUUUUUUCUAAGAGGGCAUGGAGUUGGGUGGUGAGAUGGGGAGGAAUUGAGAGGAGAUGGGGGAGGGGAACUGUGAUCAGAUAUGUUGUAUGAAAAAGGUUUUUUUUUAAUAAUUUUUUUUUCAUUUUAAUUUAGUACAUUGAAUAACAGAUUUUUAGAUCUAAAGGAAUUCUGAGACCAAAAUUCUGAGAGCUACUGCUUCUGCCUACUGUUUCUUUCCAGUAGUUUUUAAAUGACAUCUGGCAAUUAUACACACUGAAAAAAAUUACCUUGUUUUAUAUUUUUUUAAUUCUCAUUUUGCUCUUUGACAACUUUUGUGUAAAAUUUGUUUUUAAUAAAUUUAUUUUAGACUAUA